AUGGAACCGCCAAUUGUUUAUUAUUCUCGUUCAGAAUAUAUCGAAACCGAUACUGGUAAUAAAGUUAGUAGGAAAUCAGUUAUUUGUGGUAGUCAAAACAUUAUACUUGGUGGCAAGACAAUCAUACAAACUGAUUGUGUUAUUCGUGGUGAUUUAAGACGUACAGGAACUGGCCAUGCAGUAGUUGUAGCUAUUGGUAGAUAUUGUCUUUUAUCAAGAGGUUGCAUAAUUAGACCACCUUACAAAACAUACAAAGGAAUCGAAGAUAAUACAGUUGUUCCUCCAAAUGCUGUAGUGCCUUCAUUUUCAGUUUAUGAAGGAUCACCUGGUGAGUUUGUAAACGAAUUGCCAGAAUGCGUGCAAGAUCUUUAUGAGGCAAAAACUAAAGAUUAUUAUUCAAAAUUUCAACCAAAAGAUAGUUAA